UCGCUGUGCCACCGUGCUGUAGCCUUGCGCGACCAGGGAAAGUGCAGCGCGAAGUGCCAACGCCCGAAAUUUUAUCACCGACAUCAGCGGGACCUCCUUGAAGCACCGCCAUCUCUAUCCUUCCCACCUAUCCAUCUCGAACAUCAGCGAUUCGAGUCAUACGUCACUUCCUCACAUAUUCCGCCUCGAGCAGAGCUUUCUUUGCGACGGUAUCACAACGACACCAGCCGAUACUUUUCUCGACCUUCCGACCUCUCGCCAGCAAUCAUGGCAGCUAUAGAGAGCUUCGACGGCAUCUACUUGGACCUCUCCAAGGAGAGCGGCAAGUGCAGAUUCGCCGAGAGCGGUCUCGGUUGGAAGCCCUCCGGCGGCGGCGAUACCUUCACUCUCGACCACAGCACAAUUGCCUCGGCGCAGUGGAGCCGAGCUGCCAAGGGCUACGAAAUCAAGAUCCUCAACCGAGACUCGCGCAUCAUCCAGCUCGAUGGGUUCCAACAAGAGGACUAUGAGCGUCUUGCCAAGCUCUUCAAGAACUGGUACAGCACCGCGCUCGAGAAUAGGGAGCACGCCCUGAGGGGAUGGAACUGGGGCAAGGCCGACUUUGGAAAGGCCGAGCUGUCUUUCAACGUCCAGAGCCGCCCUGCGUUCGAAAUCCCCUACUCCGAAAUCUCAAACACCAACUUGGCGGGUCGUAACGAGGUCGCGGUCGAAUUCUCAGCUCCCACGGACAAGAACGAUACUGGCACUAAUGGCCACUUGGGCGGUGCGCGCGGAAAGGGCAAGAAGGCGGGAGCCGGCAAGGAUCAGCUCGUUGAGAUGCGGUUUUACAUUCCCGGAACUGUCAAGAAGGAAGUGGAAGGCGACGAGGCUGGUAGCGACGCCGGCGGCGAAGAGGAAAAGAACGCCGUCACCCUGUUCUACGACACCCUGAUGGAGAAGGCCGAGAUUGGUGAGACCGCAGGCGAUACUAUCGCUACGUUCCUGGACAUUCUGCAUCUCACACCCAGAGGUCGUUUCGAUAUCGACAUGUACGAUGCGUCUUUCCGUCUCCGUGGUAAGACGUACGACUACAAGAUCCAGUACGACGCCAUCAAGAAGUUUAUGGUGCUUCCCAAGCCAGACGAGACCCACGUGCUUCUUUGCGUUGGCCUGGACCCGCCCCUGCGCCAGGGUCAGACAAGAUACCCGUUCAUCGUCAUGCAGUUCAAGAAGGACGAGGAGGUGACGAUUGAUCUUAACCUCACCGAGGAGCAAAUAGACGAGCGGUACAAGGACAGACUUCAGCCUCACUACGAGCAACCUCUCCACCAAGUCAUCACCUACAUCUUCCGAGGACUUGCCAACAAGAAGAUCACAACGCCUGCCAAGGACUUCCAGACCCACCGCAAUCAGUUCGGUAUCAAGUGCUCGAUCAAGGCCAGCGAAGGCUUCCUGUACUGCCUGGAGAAGGCGUUCAUGUUUGUGCCCAAACCUGCGACGUACAUUGCCUACGAGCAAACAGCGUCCAUCACAUUCUCUCGUGUUGGAGGUGCCGUUUCUGCGCUGUCAACCUUUGACAUCACCGUGCAGAUGAAGAACGGCGCUGGCUCAUCACAGUUCAGCAACAUCAACCGCGAGGAUCUCAAGGGGCUCGAGGAGUUCUUCAGACUCAAGGGAUUGCGCGUUAAGAACGAAAUCGAUGAAGAGACCAACCUCAUCGCCGCAGCCAUGCGCGACCAAGCCAUGGACGAUUCGGAAGAGGAGGUUGUUGGUGCCGCCAAGGCCGACCGUGGCUCAGCUGACGAGGAUGAAGAGAGUGUCGAUGAGGACUUUAACGCCGAGAGUGAGAGUGACGUUGCCGAAGAGUUUGACAGUGACCAUGAGAGCUCUGGCUCAGGUAGCCAAGAGAGCGACGUGGAUAAUGACGACGGCGACGAUGGCGAGGAUGACGAAGAAGAGGAAGAGGAGAGGCCCAAGAAGAAGAAGAAGACGGGUUGAUUGCGCCCUUUCGACUUUUGGGUGUGUUUAUCGGCUGGGUGGAGAGGCUGCUGGGCGUUUUUAUUUGGGUGUCGGAUGAAAUGUAACACUAUGAUUAUCUACUUUGACGCUGGCCGACUGGGCGUCGCGGCGAAGCAGAAGAGGUUAAUAUUUUUCUUGGAAGAGACCCUGCGAGUCUUUUGCAAC